AUGAGCGACCCAAACAACCCAAACAUCAACCAGCGCAGUACGCCGCAAUGGGGCUUGCUUCAACGAGAGCUGUUCUGGGCACCUAACGAAGGCAGACAUCCUCCGUUGAACACACACCCGGACAAGCUACGAGCACUCGCCAAAGACCGGCUCACGGAAAGCGGAUGGCACUACGCCUCCUGCAACGCGGGCCUCUCAUGGACGCACUACGCCAACCGCCAGGCCUUCUACCGGCACCAGAUCGUGCCGCGCAUGCUGGUCGACACCAACAAACGCGACACAGCGACCACAAUCUUCGGACACCGCGUCGCGGCUCCCAUCGGGUUCGCGCCCAUCGGCAUCAACCGCAUCUACCACCCCACGGGCGAGCUGUCGCCCGCGCGCGUCGCCGGGGAGCUGAACCUGCCGUAUUGUCUGAGUUCGGCGGGGAGCUACAGCGUCGAGGAUGUAGCUAGGGCGAAUGAUGCGCUGGCGGGUGCUCCUGCUCCCGCCGGGGCUGUUGGGGUCGAAGCAUAUCAAGGUCAAGGUAGAAAGGGCGACGGGGGUGGGGAAACACGCAAAGGACCCAGAAACAAGGAUAACGCGACCAAGACCGAAGACGGCAAGGGCGUCCGCUUCUACCAGCUCUACUGGAGCCCCGACGACAGCGUGACGCUCAGCAUGCUCGAGCGCGCCGCGGCCAACGGCUACACGGCCCUGAUCCUGACGACCGACACGUGGCAGCUCGGCUGGCGCCACGACGACAUCGCGCGCGGCAACUAUGCCUUCUACCACGAGCAUGGCGCGGGAGACCUCGCGCUGCAGGACCCGGCCUUCCGGUGGCGGCUCGAGCAGAAGGGCCUCGACCCCGAAGGGAAGGGCGAGGACAAAUUCCGCGUCGGAUCCGAGUGGAUCGACGGCCAUAUCUGGCACGGGCACGCGUUCUCGUGGGACCGCCUGCCGUGGCUGAUGGAGAACUGGAAGCGGAUCAGUGGCGGGAAGCCGUUUGCGAUCAAGGGCAUUCAGAGCGUCAAGGAUGCGCGCAAGGCGGUUGAGAUGGGCGUAGAUGGGAUUGUGGUUAGCAAUCAUGCCGGGCGCCAGGUUGAUGGCGCGGUGGCGAGCUUGGAUGCGCUAGAGAGGAUUGCCGAUGCGGUGGGGGAUAAGAUUUAUAUCAUGUACGAUUCUGGCAUCCGCGGCGGCGCCGACGUCUUCAAAGCGCUGGCCCUCGGUGCCAAGUUCGUCUUUAUCGGCCGGCUCUGGGUCUACGCGCUGGGCUCUGGCGGCGAGGAGGGCGUCAGACAUGUCAUCAAGUCCCUGCUCGCCGACUUUGACAUCCUGAUGAAUGUGUCGGGCUACCCGCGCCUGGAGGAGAUCGAUAAGGAGGCGCUGGAGUCGAUGCCGAAGGGGGCUUACUUUCCUUCGACGACUGAAAUGGCUUGA